AUGGAGCUCGCCUGUGAGGACUUUGUGGCCGUCAAUGUACCAGCCAAUUUUGAACAACCCGAAGACCUGCAUGAGUACUUCUCACUGAAGGCGCCGCCAAAUACAAGCAUCUGGCGCAAGCCUUCAGCGUCCGAUGACACGACUGCGCCUAUGAUCCUCAAACGCCUACGCCAGUCCUUCAUCCUAGCGGAAGUUACCGUGUCGGCUGACUUCGCCAGGGAAUUUGACCAAGCCGGAAUCGUCAUUUUCGCUGGUUCGCUUCCUGACCCGUCAAGACCGUCAGCAGUUGCCGCUCGUCGCCCAUCACGGUACCAAAGACCCGGAAACGAAGCUUUGGCGACGGGCAAAUGGGCCAAAGCUGGCCUUGAGUUGAUAGAAGGAGAGCUCCAUGUCGCUUCUGUAGUGGCGAUUUCUCCUUGCGGCGCAGACUGGUCUUCUUCAGCGCGCUUGGACUCGCCACCGACACCUUAUGGUUUGUAUUCACUUGUCUCGCACUCGCUCCGCAUCAAACUCGAGCGCGUCGAGGAAUCACUCUGGAUCUGGUACAAAUUACCGGAUCAAAUUGCCUCGCUUGAGCAGACACGCUACUCUUAUCCUGAGCUCGAUCCGCAAUACCAACGCGAACGCAAUCCAGAAGACGUUGCGUCCGGUUGGAGGAAGAUGCGCGAGAUCAUGGGCUUUUUUGGUGGUGGGCUGGAACAUCAGAAGGCGACGGUCUGGGUGGGAUGCUAUGCAAGUAGACCGAUGGAGUUCGAACCACGGCAUAGCUGGGAGUCAGUUGAUGGAUUGGUCGCAGAGUUUGAGGAUUUGGAUAUCUUAUGA